AUGUCGGAUGACAGCUUGUUUGAUGACUUAGAACAGGACAAUAAUCCAUCGUUUUACGGAAAUCCCUCGAUACUCACAGAUCCGUAUCAUAUCACCGCGUUUAAGGACACUACCAAAGACGCCGCCCACCACAACCAGCACCCAGGCGGCGACAGCAGCAGCAGCAACUCCAAUGCCGUUGCCAAGGGCAAGCAGCCUAGCAUCUCGCCGCCACCCCAGCACAGCAAGACUUUUGGGAGAAACGAAAACGACUACCCUGAACUAGUCAAUAGCACGAUAGGGCUUUCCAACAAGAUCACCCAGUUGCUAAAUGCCCAAGAUUUGCAGAUUGAGAUUGUCAACUCGGAGAGGCUCAUCAACUCGUCGAUUAUUGUUUAUUCAAUCCAGUUGGUGUCGGAAAAGACGGAAAGCAAGAUUGUCGUCAAGAGGAGAUACAGCGAGUUUAAAUCGUUGCGAGAUAAUUUGAUCAAACUCUUUCCCACGUCGAUAAUACCACCAAUUCCGGAGAAACACUCGAUUCUAAGCUAUUUAUUGAACACAAUCAAUACCGAUAACGAGACCAACAUCAUUGAAAUGAGGAAAAGAUACUUCAAGUUGUUUCUUGACGACAUCGUUUUCGACGCAAACGAAGAAUUGAAAAAAUGCCCGCUUGUACAUAAAUUUUUGGACCCCAAUUAUGAACUAUGUUGGUAUAAUGCAUUGAACGAGCCACCAGUAAACAUCAUACCCAACAAUCUAUUGCUAGCCAACCCCGUGAAUCCAACCGACCAGAAUGGGCUUUAUUCCUUGCUCCCUAUUGUUAAUGGGUUCGAUAUUAGCACCAGCAAACAAGACAAUCUUUCAAAUUUAAAGAAAAUCAACGAUGAAUUGUACAAGUUGAAUGACCAAAUCAAGCUUUUCGAAUUAAAGGGUUUUGACCAGGACUUGAAGUUCAACAUUCCCGAUGAAUUGAUUGCUUUUGAGCAGAACUUUCAUAAAGUGAUCAGCUGUUUAUCCCACUUGAACAAGAUUGACAUUAAAACGACCAAGGAGUAUAAGGGACUUAUCAAUGUCUUGAUUGACCUUGGGGGAAACCUCAAUAACUUUUCACUACAAAUUUACCAACAAAAGAAGCACGACGGCGAAGUCGAGGACCAUUAUCAGCCUCACAACAACAACAACAACAACUACAACUACAACAACAACAAUAGCCUAUCGGAAACGAUUGAGAAGUUUGGAUCAUCGAUGGACCAAUCGUUUCUCAAUUUUGAAAACUUUGUAUUCAACCAGUUGAUCCCGCAGUGGCAAGAACCGGUGAAUCAAUUGUUGCAAUACCACCAAACAGCAUUGAAUUUGAUCAAAUUCUACAAGUACAAAAUCAUUCAAUUCAAAGUGCUCUACAAGCUCAAGUUUAACAAGUUCCAGCAAUUGAUAAAUUUAAACAACAUUGCAGAAGGAGGACCUAGUGCCACCAACAACAACCACACCACCUCUAGCAGCUUUACCACGGCAAAGACAGACGAGGAAGAAGACGCAGUUGUGAUUAAUUCGUUGGACCACUUGAAAGAGCUCAAUAGCCCCACGUUGAAUAACGCGUUGAAAAACCUUUCCAUGAAAAAAGUCGCCAAGAAAUCCUCUUGGUAUGGCUUGUUUGGUGGCAACAACUCCCCGCGACAACUCAACUUCCGGCUACCGGUGGAUGAAAAUAGCCGUCCCUCGACGUCGGGGUCAUCGAGUGGCUCGCAACAGCUCCCCACCAAUCCCACGGCCUCUAUCCGAUUCAAGCUUGCACAUUUGGAAAAAGAGCUCAACAAGAUUAACCAGCUAAUCGAGCUUUGCAACAAUGACAUGAUACAACUAACUAAAGCAAUAAUGAACACAUUCAAUGAGUUUUUGCAGAAGUUGGAAAAAAAGUGGCUUAUUAUCAUGGUAAACUAUUUGAAAAACGGUAAGGCCUUGUUUGAAGAGAAUUUGCUGAACUGGAAGACAUUUAGGGAAUCCUUUGAUCUAGCCUCGUGA